AUGUUGGAUAUGCUCUCAGAAGUAGACUAUUGUCAAAAAAUGAUUGCUACUGAGUUCCAAAAGCCACUCCAGAUGACGGACGAGGAGGAAGAAUUAUUUAAGGCUGCCGAGGAAUGCCACAUCUGUGGGGGGAAAUAUUUAGAUACUGAAGUAAGAGUUAGGGAUCAUUGUCACAUUACCGACAAGUACAGGGGAUCAGCACACCAGGACUGUAAUCUGAAGCUUAGGAUUAGCCCAAAAGAGUUCAAAGUGCCAGUCAUUUUUCAUAAUCUGCGUGGGUAUGGUUCCCAUUUUAUAAUGCAAGAAAUUGGAUCAAUCGGAAAAAGUAAUGAUUUAAGCAUUAAUUGUAUCCCGAAUAAUAUGGAAAAGUAUAUGGCUUUCAUGCUGAGUAAACACUUAGUAUUUCUGGAUAGUUUUCAGUUUAUGGCCAGCAGUUUGGAGAGAUUGGCCGCUAAUUUACCCACCGAUACGUUUAAAUAUACCAGUCAGGUAUUCCAAGAUGAGAAAUUAGCACUGAUGAAACAGAAAGGAGUGUAUCCUUAUGAUUACAUGGAUAGUUUUCAAAAGUUUGGUGAUCAGCAACUACCUCCAAAAGAGGAAUUCUAUAGUAUACUGACAGAUGAGAGUAUCUCUGAUGAGCAAUAUCAACAUGCCCAAAAAGUCUGGAAUACUUUUAAUAUGAGGACAAUGGGUGAUUAUCAUGAUCUGUAUUUGAAGUCUGAUAUUCUCCUAUUAGGUGAUGUUUUUGAGAAUUUCCGUAAGACCUGCCAUCAGUAUUAUAAACUAGAUCCUUGCCACUAUUUCACAUCUCCCGGCUUGAGUUGGGAUGCUAUGUUGAAAAUGACCGGUAUAAAAUUGGAGCUCAUGACGGAUGUUGAUAUGUUCUAAUUCAUAGAAAAGGGAUUGCGUGGUGGUAUUUCUUAUNGUAAUGAUUUAAGCAUUAAUUGUAUCCCGAAUAAUAUGGAAAAGUAUAUGGCUUUCAUGCUGAGUAAACACUUAGUAUUUCUGGAUAGUUUUCAGUUUAUGGCCAGCAGUUUGGAGAGAUUGGCCGCUAAUUUACCCACCGAUACGUUUAAAUAUACCAGUCAGGUAUUCCAAGAUGAGAAAUUAGCACUGAUGAAACAGAAAGGAGUGUAUCCUUAUGAUUACAUGGAUAGUUUUCAAAAGUUUGGUGAUCAGCAACUACCUCCAAAAGAGGAAUUCUAUAGUAUACUGACAGAUGAGAGUAUCUCUGAUGAGCAAUAUCAACAUGCCCAAAAAGUCUGGAAUACUUUUAAUAUGAGGACAAUGGGUGAUUAUCAUGAUCUGUAUUUGAAGUCUGAUAUUCUCCUAUUAGGUGAUGUUUUUGAGAAUUUCCGUAAGACCUGCCAUCAGUAUUAUAAACUAGAUCCUUGCCACUAUUUCACAUCUCCCGGCUUGAGUUGGGAUGCUAUGUUGAAAAUGACCGGUAUAAAAUUGGAGCUCAUGACGGAUGUUGAUAUGUUCUAA